CACCACACCACAGCUUGUAGGCUGCCCCUGUGUUCACCUGAGGACUGAAGACAGAAGAGGCAGCAUGGAUUUGGUGUCCUCCGUCCUAUCCACACUUUCUCUUCCCCGCAUCUCCAUUCUGGCCCCAGACCCUUCUCAGUCUGACUCCUGUCCCUCUCCUCCUCCCACUCAGCAUACUGACGCUCUGUGUGGCAACUGCCCCCCCGCUGGUUCUGCCCCACAGGCUAACAGCCUCUGGCCCACUCAGCCCACUGGAGCUACCUUCCCCACAUGGCCAGGACAGCCCACGCAGCCCACUCAGCCCACCCAGCCCGCUCCGUGCUGGACCGGCCAGCCAAACACACCCUGCUGGACUGGGAUGCAACCAUUUCCGGUCUCUGUCCCUCCCCCAGCCCCGAUUACAGUCCCUGCCCCUGCUCCGGCCAUAGCACCAGCACCAGCUCCUGCACCUGCCCCAGCUGUAGUCCCAGCUCCGGUUCAGGCUCCAGCUCCGACUCCAGUUCCAGGACAACCCUGUCAGCCCUGCUGGCCCGGUCAGUACCAGCCUCUACCAGCUCCAGUUCAAGCUCCAGUUCCAGCUCCAGCUCCAGCUACCACAGGCUUGACCCCUGUCCCGGUCCCAGCACCUGCCCCCAGCAUCCACCCUAAUAUACAGGGGUGGCCUGCUCACGCUGGCUGGCCCUACAACCCAGGACAGUCAGGAUGGCCUGGACAGAAUCCAUCUAUGAUGCCCCCACACUGGCUCCCACCCACAUCUGGACCACUAAGUGUGCCAUACAAUCUGAACCUGGCCCGAGGAGUCUACGACAAAAUGAUGAUGACAAUUUUGGGUCAUGUCAAACCAAACGCUAAAAUGUUCACCGUGAACUUUCUGAGAGGCAAUGACAUUGCUUUUCACAUUAAUCCGCGGUUCAGCGAGGGGGGCAAACAGGUGGUGGUCCGUAACCACAAAGUGGGAGAGCGCUGGGGUAUAGAGGAGAGGGACCUGAAGGGACCCUUCCCCUUUGCUCUCGGGAGCCCCUUUGAGAUGAAGAUCCUGUGCUCACAUGACUCGUUCAGGGUGGCAGUGAACAACAUCCCGCUGUUUGAGUUCCGACACCGUGUUAGAGAGCUUAAUCAGAUCGACAGAAUCAACAUCUUGCACGAUGUCGUCCUUACCUAUGUCAACGUGGAGACACUUCCAUAAAAAACAUGACACAGACCUGUAUAUGAGUGUCUUACAUGCAAACACAAAUGCAUACAAACAAGCACACAUCAUUUAGAUGCUCCAAAACUUUUUACAAAACUAAAACCUUCCUGUGUUUGAUCAUGGACUGAGCAAGUUGAUGUGUUAGUUUGUAAUGUGAUAUUAAUCAUUUGAGCUGAGCUCAUCCUAUAAUGUACCAAACACACACAUAAUUAACCAUAUAAUACACGAAGUGUUGUUUUUCAGGAUACCACUGCUAUUAAUCAUUUAUAAUCUUUUCUGUACAUGGGUAAUUUGCUACUAACAGAGUAAUAAUGUACAAAUAUUGUUUGAUGACACUGGAGCUGAUUAGAUGGCUCAUUUGUCAUGGUUCUGUUUACUGUUAAUGCUCAUCAAUAUAAUUAUGACUCAAUAAAACAAAAAAUCCUGUUUGAUGAAUUAUUAUUUUUUUAUUUAUUCAAGUCGAAAGAACAGGGACAGAAUAAAGAGUGAAAUCAGAAGUAUGCAAUUAACAAAUAUAGAUUACAAAUGCAUAAAGAAAUGAUAACUAGUAACAACUGGUGAGUGAUUUCUCAACAUUUCUGAUCCAGUAUUUUAUCAGUUACAUGUAUUUUCAUGUGUGACUUUGACUAUGUGUUCUCUUAUUGUAACAUCACCAUUUUAUUCUUCAACAUGUGGCAUUUGAUUAUUUUUAACACAAGUACAAAAUUUUAUU